UCUUCUCUUCAGUCUCCAGAAGAGACCUUUCCAUUGGCUUGGAACGCCUGGAGUACAUGGCUCGGUGCCUAGCUGUGGUAGCGAUUCUUGUUUGUCAACUUGACUCCAUCUGGAGCUAACCAAAACCCUGAAAGUAGGAAGAUCUACUUCUAAUCUGGAUCUUUGAGGUAGGAAGACACCUUUAAUCCAGAUCUGUAAUUCAGCUCAGACCUGGGCCAAGCCUUCUGUUAGAAGCCUAUACAAGGAUGUGAAGAAGGAAGCUUUCGCUUUUGCUUGCUUGUUCUCACCUCUGCUGGAAAUGUAUCUAAGGACAUGGAAGAAGGCAGUUUUGCUGUGUGACUGUCUGCUCUCACCUUGCCAGCAAUUCUAAUUCUUCAUUGGCAUUGGAGCUUACUUCUUCAGGCUUCCAAGGUAUACUGAAAAGCAGCCAAGUCGAGCAGCCUUGGGAACCGGUGGAUUCUUGGAUGUUCCAUUCUUAGCCAGACACUGUUGGAUUAGCUGGACUACAGUCUAUUGGUACAGACCAUGUUGCUCCUGUUGCGGAUAUUGAACCUGAGCUUGCAACUUCAUCCUAUUGCAGCUUUAUUCACAGUGACAGCCCCUAAAGAAGUGUACACAGUAGACAUCGGCAGCAGCGCGAGCCUGGAGUGUGAUUUUGACCCCAGAGAAUGCACUGAGCUGGAAGGGAUAAGAGCCAGUUUGCAGAAGGUAGAAAACGAGACUUCUUCACAAAGUGAGAGAGCCACCCUGCUGGAGGAGCAGCUGCCCCAGGGAAAGGCCUUGUUCCACAUCCCCAAUGUCCAAGUGAGAGACUCAGGGCAGUACCGGUGCCUGGUCAUCUGCGGGCCCGCCUGGGAUUACAAGUACCUGACGGUGAAAGUCAAAGCUUCUUACUUGAAGAUAGACACUAGGAUCCUAGAGGUUCCAGGGACAGGGGAGGUGCAGCUCAUCUGCCAGGCUAAAGGUUACCCCCUGGCAGAAGUGUCCUGGCAAAAUGUCAGUGUUCCUGCCAACACCAGCCACAUCAGGACCCCUGAAGGCCUCUACCAGGUCACCAGUGUUCUGCGCCUAAGGCCUCAGCCUGACAGAAACUUCAGCUGCAUGUUCUGGAAUGCUCAAGCGAAGGAGCUUACUUCAGCCAUCAUUGACCCUCUGAGUUGGAUGGAACCCAAAGUCCCCAGAACAUGGCCACUUCAUGUUUUCAUUCCAGCCUGCACUAUUGCUCUAAUCUUCAUAGCCAUAGUGAUAUUCCAGAGAAAGAGGCUCCGGGGAAAGCUGUAUUCUAGAAAAAGCUCUGAACCUGUGGUCUUGGGAGUUGGAAUGAUCUGAUGAGAAAUCCUCAAGAGGCUUCUGGACUCAAAGUGAGAAUCUUGCAAAACCUGCCAUUUGUACUUUUUGAAUGCGUUGGAUGAUGACCCAGUGCUCCGACCAGGAGCCUGCAGGACUGACAGCCUUCCCUUCUGUCUCAAGACUCUCUGAACAAGCACAACCACAAAGCACUUUAGAUUCACCCCUCGGAUCCUGGACCCCAGUGAGGGCCUGAGGCCUCUCCUGGCUUCCAGGGUAAGAACAAAAGGAAUUGUUCCCCACCCCACCCCUACCCUACCCUUUCCCCACAGGAACAUGGAAACGCCCAGUUCCUAAAAUAGAUUGUCAAUAGAGUUAUUUAUAUCCAUCAUUUCCUCCAGGGACUUGG